UCGAUUCUGUCGCGGGCGGGCGUUGUGUUGAAGUUGUGGGUCUGUUUCCGGAUGCCGCAACACUCACCAUCGUUAUUUUUUUACAUUUCAGUAAAUUGAAGAGCUUCUAUCGAGCAUGCCAAGGUAGUGCAAGAAACCUCGCUGACUCAGUACGGGUCGAGAUUCGUCCGGUCAAGGGGCUCCAUGGAAUAAGGCGUCUUCCGAAGUUUUGUGGUCCGUUUUAUGGUUUUGGACUGUUCGGCGACAUGUCUCGGACAUAAAACCAUCUGAGCAACAGGGUGAACCAUGUUCUACGCUCAGUACGUGCUGAACAAGAAGGGCCCGCUGGCUCGGAUCUGGCUGGCUGCCCACUGGGACAAGAAGCUCACCAAGGCCAAUGUUUUCGAGACGAACAUCGAGAAGUCCGUCGACGGCAUCCUGCAGCCCAAGGUCAAGCUGGCGCUGCGCACCACUGGUCACCUGAUGCUGGGCGUGGUGCGCAUCUACUCCAAGAAGGAGAAGUACCUGCUGGCCGACUGCAAUGAGGCGUUCGUCAAGAUCAAGAUGGCCUUCAGGCCAGGCAUGGUGGACCUGCCGGAGGAGAAGCGGGAGGCGGCCGUCAACGCCAUCACCCUGCCAGAGGUCUUUCACGACUUCGAUACGGCCAUGCCAGAGCUCAACGACGUGGACAUCCAGGCACAGUUUUCGUUCAACCAGUCGCGGGCUGAGGAGAUCACGAUGCGCGAGGACUACGGCAACAUCUCGCUGGUGACCGGCGACGACGGCUUCGGCGACAUGGGCUUCGACGCUGAGCCACCCGAGCUGAUGCGAGACGCUUCCUCGCUCGAGCCCAGCCUCGAGAACGCCAACCUGCUGUUCGACGGCAGCGGCGCGCCCAAGCCGGAGGCGGCGCCGGCGCCCGAGGCCGUGCAGCAGUCCACCUCGAAGGCCGGCGUGUCGGCACUGGAGCUGGACGCUCCGAUCCGAGACGACGGCUUCGGCGGCAACCUCGGCCAGGACAUCAUGGCCGGCGGCCUGUUCGACGGCGGCCUGUUUGACGACGCACCCAUGCCGGACGCGCCGCCGCCCUCCGAGCCGCCCGAGUCGCCGGCGGCGGCGGCGCCCGAGCCGCACCACUCGGACGACGAGUUUGACCGGAUGGACGCCAGUCCGAUGGGCGGCGGGCACAGCUCUGACGGGGACUCGCGGCCCACCUCGCCGACGGCGGCUGCUGCGGCCGGGACCGAGGCGCCCGCCGAGCCGCCGCCGCCGCCACAGCCGGAAGCCGACGCCGAGCCGCCGGCGCACGAGCAGACCACGCUGCUGCAGAACGAGGAGGAGACGUUCGCCCUGCCGCCGGUCGACGCCAGCGCCCUGAAAGCUGGCGUGACGCGCAGCAAGCGGAAGCGGAAGCUGAUCGUGGACGAGGUGAAGAACAUUUCUGGCGAGGAGAUGAAGACACAGCUGUCGGACACGGCCGACAUCGUGACCUCACUUGACCUGGCGCCGCCCACCAAGCGACUCAUGCACUGGAAGGAGACGGGCGGCGUGGAGAAGUUGUUCGCGCUGCCCGGCCGCACCAUCCCGGCCACCAGCCUGGGCAGGAUGUACAUGCGCCACCUGACGUCUCGACCGGCCGACAACGAGGAGGGGGGCGAAGAGGCGGCUGCCGUGCCGGAGGACGAGCUGCACGUGCCGCCGGAGCCGGCGCGCACCGACGAGCGGCCUGCGCGCGCCGCCGCCCGCAGGAAGCGCAAGCGGGACCCCGAGCCAGAGCCGGAGGAGGAAUCCCCGGCCGGGGUGGAGCAUCAGUUGCUACAGCAGCAGCAGCAACAGCAGCAGCAGCAGGCGGCGGCGGCAGCAGCGGCAGCAGCAGCAGCGGCAGCGGCGGCGGUGGCCGAGCAGGAGGCGGCCGAGCCGGUUGCGGAGCCGCCGGUGCCGACGCCAGCGGCGCCGCCCGCCGAGCCGGAGAGCGUGAUGACGGCCCAGGCGGCCGUGGAGCCACCCAUCACCGACCAGCCGCCGCCCAUCCCGCACAUGGAGAACAUGGGCUACGACCAGCAGGUGUCCAACCUGGCCAACAUGGGCUACGACGAGAACAUCGCGCCGCCGGUGACACCGGGCGCUGUGUCGGACCGGGGCCCGCUCAGCGUCUACAGCAAUGGCCCGGCCACGCCCUGGGACGACGACCUGGCGCAGACGCUCGCUCAGCCGGAGGAGGCACAGCAGGAGGGCGAGACGUACGCCCAGUUCGAGGACCGCGUCAACAACAAGCGCGCAGCCGUCAUGUACCGCGUCAUCAAGACCAAGUUCGAGCUGAGCGACCAGCUGCAGUUCAGCGACCUGGUCCGGCGCAACAACCGCAAACAGGUGGCACAGAAGUUCUACACGGCGCUGGUGCUGAAGAAGCUGCAGAUGCUGGAGCUGGUGCAGGAGUCGGCCUACAGCGACAUCGUGAUGACGCGCGGCCCCGGCUUCUCCAGCGUCCAACUGUGAGCAGCUGCCGUGGCGCAGCAGCGGCUGUGAGCAGCUGCCGACGACGGUCGCGCCGCGACCAGUACAAACAGGCCGGCCGCCGGCACGGUCGUCCGCCGUCCGCGGUGCAUCCGGACGCCACGAGCCAGCGGCGACGCCCGCGCGGCGGCCAGGACCCGCGCCUCCGGGGUACUGCAGCCGGAGGCUGCAUGCCGGCGGUGCAGACUAAUCAUCUGGAUCACGUGUCAUGGACGAACGGUCACUGCGUCGGCGCCGGCGGGCCUGUGGUGCCGCCCGGCCGCGCACCUUACUGAAGGUGUAAAUCGCUCGUAGUGUAGCUUUCCGUGCCCGGCGUAUCGCUUUGCCAUUAGACGUUUGUGACACCGGAUGGGUGUGUGACGCCCUGCCGAAGGGCUUGACCCGCGCGCUUCUCUCGUGCUGUCAUGUUGGGCCGCGGGCUCACUCGGCUCCCGCGCUGUCGGUCGAUCGCGCGCCCCUCUGGCAGGCGGCAUGUCGCGACGGUGCGAGCGGACAGUGCGCCGAGCCGACCUGGGGCACGCCGCGCCGCUGGGAGACCAAGGAGACAGCGCUGGGCGCUGGGUGGUUCGCCGGCGCCAAACGAUCCGAUCGCGACUCGCUCCCGAUUCUGUUCCGUGCGAUCUGCCGUGAUCACGGUCGUGCGGUGGAUUCUGUUCCGUGCGAUCCGCCGUGGUCACGGUCGUGCGGUGGAUUAUGUUCCGUGCGAUCCGCCGUGGUCACGAUCGUGCGGUGGAUUCUGUUCCGUGCGAUCUGCCGUGGUCACGGUCGUGCGGUGGAUUCUGUUCCGUGCGAUCCGCCGUGGUCACGGUCGUGCGGUGGAUUCUGUUCCGUGCGAUCUGCCGUGGUCACGGUCGUGCGGUGGGUGUGGUGCUGCCUGGCGGCGUCAGCUGACGCGACCGCCCGGGCCUGGCCGCCGUGUCCGGGGCGGCGGGAGGGCCGCCUGCGGUGUCGAGGUCAUCACCCGUCUCAUGACCGAUCUCACGGCGUCCACGCAUGCGCGUGUCAGGCUGCAUGCGAUCACCGGCGCGCGGUGGAUGGUGUGCGUACGUUUUAUGCAGGAGCAACAUAGAUAAUAGACGAUAGAAACAAG